AUGGCCAUGGUACUUCUAAGUACUCCGCCCGUUUUUGCAGCCGUCAGUGCGUGUGGUCGUGAGAGUGACGUUGGUACCAUUCCGGCUGAAGCCAACGGCAAUCCGACCCAGCACAACGGCGAACGAGAGUCAACCCGUGACCGAGCGAGGGCGAGAAAGGAAGGAAGAAAAGGAAGGAAGAAACAAACAAAGAAAGAAAUGAACAGGGCCUUGCUCUGCGGUUGCCGAAGCUCUGAGUUGUGGCUUUUCUAUCGUCUAGGCUCGUUCUUCGGACGACCUGACCCAAAGCGGAAAGCUUUCCCAGCAACAACCGUUGGCUUGAACAUUGACUUGUCGGAAACCAAGAUUUUGGCGGGUGUACUAGUUAUUGAAAUAACCAUAAUCAUAAUACCAACAGUAAUUAUGGAAGAUGAUGGGCUAACGGUCGGUCUGAAGGAGAUAUGA